AGUGCAACAUCUUCUAUAUUUAUGUGUAUUUGUUAAACAAUUUAUGUUUUGUGUCCGAAAAUUAUUACGUUCAUCCGAAAAUUUCGUCGAAUUGUGAAAUAAAAGUUUGAUUUUGAAAAUCGUUCGUAAUCAUUUGCUUGAUCAUUUGUGCUUCUAUAGUAGCAAGUAUUAUUUGAACCGAGUCUGUAGAGAAACAGCAUCAAAAAGGUUCAUUUUUGUAAAUCGAUAGUACAAUCGAAUUGCUGAAAGUAAAACCAUUAUUAUUUACUAAUUAUUCGAAGUGAGAGAGAUAGAGACAACUGUAUACAAAUUUACAGUGAUCGAAGGAAAUCAUGGAAGUAGAUCCAGCGGUCAGGAUGGAUGUAGAUCCAGAUGAAAUGGAAAUCGAACACGAAGAGGAGCAAGUCACCAUGUACAAAGCCAAAAAGUCGACACACAAGGCAAUGGCCAUGCAUGUUGUUUGGCCAAGAUUCUUGAAACAACGCAAACAAGCUGAAUCCGGCGAAAAUGAAACGGCCUUAAUCGAACUGAUGAUUGACGUUAUUGAUCAUUUUGAGGCUCAAAAUAUUUUGCCGGCGAAUAUGGCCAAAAUGGUAAACAGUUUGUAUGCAAUCAAAACUUCAAUGUCACCUGAAGUUAUUUCGCGUGAAUUGAGCCAAAUGCAAUUUGGUGACAUGAAGUCAAUGUACAUCGAGGGCCAGAAUUGUUGUCUUUUCGUUUACAUGCCACCGCCAUCAAUUGGUGAACGGAAGUUUGAAAAAAAAAAGUUGAUUGUCUCGACAUUUCCUGUGAAUUUGAGCGCUGAAAAAAUUGCAGAAUAUUCAAGCAGUGAUAUUAAGACUGAUUUUCCAUCGCAAAGUCUUAAGGUCGAGUAUUCGCAAUUGUUUAGUUCGUUGGAAUUUGCACAACAGCUUGUGUAUUUACACGAAAAUCCAGUGGUAAAAACCGAAGAAUUUCAUAAUGACAAGGGAAAGCUGGAAACACGUAACAUUUAUGUUCGAAAUUACGUAUCAAAUUGGUUGAUUCCAAUGCUGGGAAAUCGAAACAGUUCGAUGGCAACGGCCGAUGAAUUUGCUGUUAUCUCGAAAAAACUUCGAGACGAUGUAUUGGGUGUCAAGUCUGAUGUAAAUUUACCAUUUCGACGUUCAGCAUACUGGACUGUGACAAAAGUGUCAUUGCAGCUUGCGAUGACUGUUGAAUAUGGCAAAGACUGCGGUCGGCUAUUGUAUAAGAUCAUUAUGCUGAAAUAUUUGACCGAACUGUGCUUCUUCUACACUACUGACAUGUAUAAAAAGCUGAAAACUGAUGUUGCCGCACAAUUGAUUGCCAAAAUGGCAAUUCGGUUGGAAAAAAUACAAGUUUUAUACAAUGACAUGGAUGCCAAUCCAAAGGAAAGCAUCAAACAAUUUAUGACUGAGCAUAAGGAAACAUACGAUCGCAUCGUAUUAUCAACAAAAAUGAUGAUCAAAACAGUGCGAAAACGCAUUGAUUGUGAAAUUCAAGAGCUGCAACAAAAGGUUGAAAUUCGCUCGUCACUGACAGCACUGGAAAAUCUUGAUUUUCAAUCCGACACAAAACAACUUGUGCCAAAAUUGCGAGAUUAUUUGGUCGAACGACAACAACCGAACCAAGAAACUCAAAACCGAGAUAUAUUGCAGCGAAAAACAUGGAUACGGCAUGAUGGGAAUGACAGAACAUUUGACGAAAGUUCUUUUGAUAAAUUAAAGGGACACACUGCGAUCGGACUGUAUUUGUGUGACUUUGAAAAUUGGGUGCUCUACAAAUUGUCUGAUCAGAAAACAGCAGAAGAGCUACGAUCGCUUUCAACAAUGUAUCACGCCAAAGCAGUUCAACAUUACAAAGGUGAUGCUCUGGGAUACAGCCGAAUGCUGUUGACCCAAUUGAAAAUUGUGAUGAUUAUGGACGAAAUCGUCACCAGUGAGUACAAACUGUACAAGAAGUAUGAAAGCAGCGUGAAUGAAGAGAUUUUCAACCGUUUACUGUUGCCGCUUCAUGAUGAAAUUGAAAUUGCGCACGAAAUUCAAUCAUACUUCCGUAAACGUAAUUACGAGAAAAAUGGUAUUAGAAAACGUCCUGGUAUUAUGGAAGAAGAACCAUCACAAAUGUCAUUUGCUUGUCAAUUUGCUAUGAACGACGAUGAAAUCGGUCAAACUCUCCAAAAAAUCAAGGAAAAUGAAGACCAAGAACUACAAAUACUUCGAAACGAAUACAAUAAAGCGAAAAAGAAAAUGGACGACUUGAAGAAGCGUGCAGAAGCUUUGGAUUGCGAAUUUACCAGAACCAGUGAUAAUGGCAAACGAAAGCAUAAGCCCGGUUGCGCAAAAUGUGAACUCCAAAGAAAAAUUCGUGACAUUCGUGUUCGGCGAUAUGAACGUGCAUUACCCGAUGCUGAACAUAAUAAGCUUGCCGUUUUAUUUGAAUUGCAAAUGCCAGAUGAAAUUGCUUGUUUGCGUGAUGUUCUCUGUGUUGUUGGAAGUUUGAUGCAAAAGAAACCAUUGACUAAUAUUCGCAUUUUUCAAGACUGGGUUAAAUACGAACCACUGCGGAAGUACUCAACUUCAAUUUGUGAACUGGUUUUCCUCGGAAGCAAAUUGAAAUCGGCAUUGUCCAAACGUGGCACAAGUCGAGCCACACCAGAUACACCGUUUGAGACUUUUUCCGUACCAAACGGCUUCAAUCUCUCUUAUUAUGCCAAUCAGCUUCAUUUACCCAAGGUUGAUAAUCAACAGAUCGAUGAAAUUUGUCGAUUCAAUGUGGAAGAAUCGUCUCUGCAAUGGAUGCUAAACGGUGAUCACACACAAAACGAGGUAAUCGCCAGACAAUACGAAUGUCCACAACACAUCACACUUGGUGAAUACAAAAAUUUUGGAUCACUUCGUGCCGACGGACAUCGAUUGCAAUUGCGAAAAUUGUAUGCAUUAAUUGCGACCGAAGGACUAACAUUUGAAUCACAAUCGGUACAAGCAUUAAUCAUGCAAAUUCUGUGGCAAUUGGGCGAAAUUCGAAGCAAUUUGGCAAGCGAUUGGUGGUGCUGUGAAGCUCACGAAGAUUUCACCGAUUUGGAUUUUGUGUCGCGAAUGACCACACUGCUCGAUACAUUCAUCGAUCGUCAAAAAUCCAAUUGGAAGCAUCCAAAAAAGUUGAUGAUGGCUGCAGUGAUAGCUGUACGAAUGUUCGAAUUGGCAUGUGAUACUCUUAAUGAUAAUAACGCGACAGUCGUGGAACAGAUUGUUGAGCUUUUACAAAAAUUGCGUGACAUUGCCAUUUCAUGGAUUUCGAAAGUUUCCACUGCAAUGCAUCAAUGCACACAAAACCAACAACAUGUGGCCAUAUUGCGAAGAAAUUUGGUUGAGAUCGCAAUCGCUGGUGCCUUGACAUUUUAUGUGCAUUACGAGCAUCCAUACUUCGAAAACAUUUUCGAAAAGCCUGAAGCAGCUACAAAAACACCCGCACAGAUCUGGCUAGACCUUUUGAUAACCCUGAACUCCAACAUUCUUCUCGAUGAAACGAAUCAAACCGCGUCAAGUUUGCGCAUGUUCUUGAGCUUAGUACAUCGCAUCGGAAUAAAUUUGGAAAAUGAAAUCCAAAAGCAAAUUAAAAAAGAUGAGCAAAAGUUGUUUGCAUUAAUCAAAAAACAUUGGAUAAAAUCGAAGGAAGCAACACAGUUCCAAUUAUUGCCCAGCAAAAAUCAAUUGAUUUGUGUGGAGAUUAAAUUCGGCCGGAACAAUGUAAAUUAUGUUCAAAUCGAUGUGAUCACUGGAGACUUUUUGGUAAAUAAUUUACCGGUUGCUCGCCUCCCAACUGAAAUCACCGACAACGAAUUAUACAAGCGUGUUUUCAAUCAAUUCAUUUUUGAAGUGCAACAGGAAAAUUCCGAAUCAUUUUCAACUAAGCACAGCUCAAAUGAUUGCUAUUACAAUUUUCAAAUUGUACGCAAAGCCGUUGUCGUCACAGAAUUGCAUAAAGAUGGUAGACGAUUUGAGUUGAUUCCGCACCAAGUGUUGCAAAAUGAAAUUCCACAUUUGCUAAUUGAGAAUUUCAGCCAUUGGUGGAGUCAAGAGGGAAAUUGUAUCCAAUUUCGGCCACAACAAUUUACCGAUGAACAUUUCUCCUCCAUUGAUGGUGUACAAUACUGCCUCAAUUUGAAUGACGCAUCGCUGAAAUCCGCAAAAACCAAACAAACAUUUUUGGACGUAUCAAGUCAAAGUUAUGUACAAAUUUCGCAACGACUGGAACGAUUGGAAGCAAAAAAAUUCAUUCACAUUUUCAUCGAAGAAGCGAACGUCAAAGUGGCUAUGGCCAAAUUAAUGCGAAUGAACUUGAAAUUUGUGGUGAAACCAUGUGAAGAAAGCGAAACGAAUGAAUUUAUCAUUUUGUCCAACGAAUAUAAUAACAUGCGGGUGAGCAAAAAACAAAAUUGUGGAACCUUGUACGGCUUACACCAUGGAUUAUUACUAGAAAGCACGGAAGACCUGCAAAAUCAAUCAAAAAUGAUGAUAAUGCCACACGGUUCUGUCGUGGCCAGCUUUUCAAAACACCAUGAAAUCGUCAAAAUCGAGACUGAAAACGAACUGCGAUCACCACCCUUUCACACCUAUGUGGUGGAUGAAUUUGUUCAACAAUUGAAAGCAAAAAAUAGCAGCUUUUCAGCUUGGUUCUAUUUGGCUCAUUUACAUGCACUCACAUCACACGGUCAAGUGGAACCGUUUUUGGGAAUUUCAGGCAGUGAACGCGCUCUGCAAAUUUUGCAAUCGGCCUUUGUUUGGUCCUCAGCACCCUACGAUCCUGAAUCGCUGAAAACACUAAAAGACAUCGAAGCACUGGCACCCGUCCGUCAAUUGAAAAAUUGUUAUCAAUCAGUUGGUUGGCCGAAAACCAUACCAUCACACGCAGCUCAAGAUUCAUAUGCAUUGAUUAUACGCAAAUUGAUUGAUGAUAGCAAUCGACUGAAAGAUUUGCAUGAAUCGCCGAAGAAAGAUACCAGCGAUAAAGAGAAGGAGAAACCAAAGCCAAAACCGAAAGAAAAAGAAGUACCGAUCGAUGAAUUGAGAGAAAAUAAACGAGACUAUUUCCGAUGUCUUCCAUUACAUCCAAAUUUACGAAUAUCGGAUACGUUCAUCGACCACGAUGCCUAUGACCGAAUGAUUGGUCCACGGUGUGUAUACGAAGAACGUGUACCAAAUGUGGCUUUGCGAAAAAUUGCCGUGCACUAUCAUGAAAAUACGAUUGAAGCUCGAAUUCGUUUGGAUCUUUUCGAAGCAUUAAUUGAAAAUCGUGAUCAUUUGAUGGGCAUUCAAUACACACUCGAAGUGGACGAAAUUCUGAGCGCAUUUGAAAAGCGUGAUGUGGCCGAUUUAUGGAUUUCAUUAUAUGAAUUUGCGCGCGAUGAAAGAUUCAAUCGUGAAAAAUUUGCCUUGAUCCUUGGGCUAUUACAUAGUCACGGUGGUGCGAUUGCGGCUCCAAUUUUUGCCUUGCAAAUAGUUGCCAAUAAUCCAGCUACAUUUCGACAAAUUGUUGCACCGGACGCGACUGAAUACAGACAUUUAGAGAAACCAGCUUUUGACAUCGAAGUAAUUGCAAAAAUCGUUCGAAAAAGCCAUGUCGAUCCCGAAAGUUUGAACAAAGAUCACAACCAUGGAGUUGCAAUUAGAUUUUGGGAAUAUGCACGACAAAUUGCAACUUUAGUCGAGACGCAAUGGCAACAGCAGCCAUGCGAUGAAGUCGGUCCAUACAUUGUCAAUUAUGCUCGUGGUGAUGUGGAUAUAGCAGAUAUGGUGCGGAAAAUUAACAGAAAACUUCGAAAUUGGAACAACAUUCAAAAAUUGAGAUUGUUCAUUGAACGCGUUGAGCAUGCAGUCAAUCAAUUAUCGGCAGCAGCACCACAAGUCACAUUGACUGAAUGGAGAAAUGAAGAAAUUGAACACAAGCCCGAACCACGAUCAAAGCAUCAAUUUCACAUUGAUUACGAGCAAAAAAUGUGUGAGAAUGUCAACAAAUUCGUUAAUGAUGUGAAUUUGGCGAAACAUAUUUUCUGUCGUCUAGAGACACAAGCAAUGCCACCAUUGAAUCGAACAGCUGCCGAAUGGUGGAAUGUAUUAAAAAGUAUCGUAACAUCGACAGGAACCGAUCAUUUGGUCGAUGCCGGAUUGUAUCCACAUUGGAUACCGUCUUUGGUGCUACCACGGUUGCUUUACAAUAGCAAUAAAAAACCAACAGACGAAAACAUUCGAAACAUCAUUGGAGCUUUGGCCGUCACAAUGUCGCACGAACAACGCGCAAAACGCGUUCGAAUGUACGAACAACAGCCACAAAUGAAAGCCGCACUGGAUCGUGAACUGGAGAAUGAACCACAAAUAAAUUGGUGUCCAAUUCAAUACCCUGAGUGGUUGCUAUUCGAAAUUGAACAGAACUUGACGAUUCGUCCGAUUCAAAUAGUUAUUGCCAAACGUAUGAUCGAUCCCGAAAAAUCUUCAGACGAUACGAAGCAUUCAGUGAUGCAAUUAAAUAUGGGCGAAGGCAAAACCGCAGUUAUUGUUCCAAUUGUUGCAUCUCGUUUGGCAAACAAUAAACACGCAUGCCAAGUUACGGUGUUGAAAUCGUUGUUUGCAACCAAUUUAAAAUCGCUGCGUCAAUGUCUCGGCGGAUUACUGAAUCACCGAGUUUAUACGUUCAUUUGUCGCCGUGACCUUCCUGUCAAUGAUCACGUAAAACAGAUGCUGGAAAUCUACAAAGAAUGCAAAAUCGAAAAAGGUGUAAUUCUAACACUGCCCGAGUACCGACUCUCUUUUCAACUGAAAACGUAUGAAUCGUCAUGCAAAGGUGAUCUCGAAAAUGCUCAACAUUUUUUGGAAGCACACAAAUGGCUUAACGCAAAUAUUCGGAACAUUCUUGACGAGUCCGAUGCCAUUUUACAACCAAAGUACCAGCUCAUUUACACUGUCGGCAAUCAAUUGUCAUUAGACGGAGGCAGUUUGCGUUGGACAAUUUGUCAAGCCGUUUUGAAACGUGUGCGAGAGCUCAUACCGGAAUUGCACAAAAUAUAUGGCAAUGAGAAAAUCGAAUUCGAUCAUAAUUAUGUGCCUAAUGCCAAAAUUUCGGGUUUCACCCAAUUGGUGCGUCGCUUUGAUGUGUUCACCCCAUGUCGACUUUUCGCAGAGGAUGUUUAUGAUCGGUUGAAAUCCCAACUUAUCGAAGAAUUCAUACAUAGUAAGCUGAAGGACAUUCCAUUCACGGAAACCAACGAACGAGCCAAAGAGAUAUUGGGCGUUUUGAUGAACGAAAGAGACAUUUCCGUUGAGAAAUUCAAUGAAAUCAUUGCCGGAUUUUCGGAUAACGAAACCAAUGCCAUCAUGAUUUUAAGUGGUCUAUUGCGAUUUGAUGUGUUAAAAUUGAUUUUAACCAAACGCUGGCGUGUCAACUAUGGUGUGAAUCCGAAAAGUGCACGCAAAAUGGCAAUCCCAUAUAAAGCCAAAGAUGUUGCCGCUGAGAUGACAGAAUUCGGCCAUCCAGACGUUGCGAUUUGUUUAACACACUUGAGCUAUUACUAUUCGGGUUUAACCGAUGAACAAAUGUACGAAGUGUUUCGGGUAUUGGACAAUCAACAGAAUGCCAAAGAUAUUUAUGAAAGUUGGGUAAAAAAAGUUCCGGAGCCAUUACUUGGCAUUGAUCCUACAAUUAAAUUUUACUCGGGCAUUAACCUCUCGGAUCCAAAGCAACGCAGCGUUGUAUUUCCAUUGUUCCGUUUCAGCAUGUAUGUUAUCGAUUUUUGGCUGUCGCACAUGGUUUUUCCGCGUGAGGCAAAGACAUUCGAAAAGAAAUUAAUGUCUACAGCUUGGGAUCUGGUUUCUGAUCGUUUUACACACACAACAACUGGAUUCAGUGGUACAAAUGACACCAAACGGAUCUUGCCAUUGCCAAUUGUGCAAAACGAUCUUCCUGAACUAAUCGAAACGAAUGACAGAGUUCGCGAUGUACUACUUCAACAAUCGUACAAGUCACUCACCGCAAACAUCAGCGGCCGAGACAUUUUGAAUCAAUUGACAGACGAAGAUAUACCAGUUCUGCUUGAUGCAGGAGCAAUGAUGCUUGAAUUAAACAAUCAAGAAGUUGCCACCGAAUGGCUGAAAAUGGUUGCGGAAGACGAAUACGAUGCGGCUCUUUAUUUUGAUACAAACGAUCUACUGAUGACAAUAGACCGGAACGGGAUAAUAACCGAAUUCGAUAACUCCGUAUACCGUGAUAAGCUGAAUAAAUGCAUCGUUUACUUGGACGAUGUUCACACUCGUGGUACGGACUUGAAGUUCCCAAUAGUUUGGCGAGCAGCUGUUACACUAUCUGGUGAUAUCACGCGUGAUAAAACGGUGCAAGCAUGCAUGCGUAUGCGUCUCUUAGGACGCGGCCAUACGAUUUCGUUUUGGGCAUCAAACGAAGCUGAUGUUCGCAUCAAAGAGAUUUGUAACAUCCAAAAUCACACUCCAACAACGAACGAUGUCAUUCAAUUUAUUUGCCAUAACAGUAAAAAAUUUGAGGAAGAUAAUACGUAUCAUUGGGCAGCCGCAGCAUAUAACUAUGCAAAAAAGAUAGCGGCUCAUGAAAACAACGAAAAUUCGAUUGCAGUAGAAGGCGAAGUUUCACCAUUAAUUCGUCUUUACAAUCAAUGCGUCGAUAAUGAGUAUGUAACGUUGAAAGAAAUGUACGGUGGAAAAGAGGAUAAAUUACUGACACAACUCACAAACGGAAGAUUUGAAAAGUUGAAGCAGACGUUAACCGAAAAUCAACAAAACACACAAUCUCUUGAAUCGAUUGCGGCCAAAGUGGAGUACAAACUGUCACAGCAAGCGGCACAUUUGAAACGAUUUUCACAGGCGCUCGACGAAGAACAAGAGAAGGAACUCGAACAUGAGCUGGAAGAGCAACGUCAUGUGCAACGUCCGUCCGCAGCAAAACCGAUGAAACCGAUUUUCGAAGAAGAUUUACUCCAAAAGCUCAUUCUAUAUGGAGCAUCUCACGCAUGUUUUGGUGAGCUCACAGCUAAAGGACACAUCCAGUGUUUGCCAAUGGUUUUCUAUGACACACAGUUUUAUGCGGCUUAUGCACCACAUGAUAACCGAGCUUGGGCCAGUCAUAUGUACGCAACACGCGACUUCAAGCAAGUCGUUGAGAAAGGAGUGGGCGAUGAAUUUUUACGACCAGUGCUGUGGGUAGCAAAAAUAAAACGUCGCAUUGACAAUGACAUCAUUUUGCUGUUGUCAUCUUUUGAAGUUGAAAAUCUCUUGAAAGAUUUCAAACGUAGCAAAAAGGCUUGUUUAUUUAUGUACCAGGCAAAAUUGUCCCAGUUCCAAGAGACAUUGAUUGACGAUGAACAUUUAGUGGUGGGCAGCAUGGAACCCAAAGAAAUGCUUUCGAUUGAUGAAAAGGCCCAAUUGGCGGUGUUUUCCGGUUCAUUGUAUUUCAAUACCGAGGAGGAGCAGAGUGCCUAUUGCGGUUUCCUGGGAUUGAUUCCACGUCAACGUUCUGUUGAACACCAAAUGGCAUUCAAUAACAAUCAGAUUCAGCCGGAUGGAUUCGUUGAACAUAUUUAUCGUCAGCUACCUGCCCUUCGUGACGCGGUUGGCAACGCAAAAUUUAAAAAGAAUCCAAUACAAUUAGCUAAAAGCAUAAUCGAAAGUCGCCACCAAUCUAUGGCCAAAGAAUCCCAUGUUGCCAGCAUUUUGGAAAAAGCAUGGAAAAACAAAAUCGAACCAGAUAACAACAAUGUUAUUGAAUAACGAUCUUGAUUGUUUUCUUUCAUUUUUUUUCAUUUGACAAUCAUAUUAAUAUAUCAUACAAUAUAAUUUCGAUAAUUAUAACGAUACGUUCUUAUUACAUCACCGAAAGCAUUGAAUUUUUGCUAUUUUUUUAUAUUUUUGUUACAUUAAAAUACCAAGUCGUAUUAUUACCAAAAUGUAUUCCAACAGGAUGAAAUGCAAUUAAAUAAUUUUUGUGAAGACAAACAA